AUGGCAACUCCUGUCCCCAGCAUCCCGUCCCUUGAGACGGCGCGAGAAGUGAUCUCAAAGUCGAGGAACUCCGAGUUUCCUCCCAACCUACUUCCUGUCACGGCGUCAAUCCCUGCCGACCUCUUGACCCCAACAUUGGCAUACUUGAAGAUCGCAGAGAACUCGCGGUUGUCAUUCUUGUAUGAAAGUGCUGCCACCACAGAGACUAUUGGGCGAUACAGCUUUAUUGGCGCAGACCCCAGAAAGGUCAUCAAGACUGGCGAGGGCCAUGGCCCAGCAGCGGAUCCCCUCCCAUACCUCGAGAAGGAGCUUUCUCAGUACCGCGUCGCGACAGUGCCUGAAUUGGUUCUCCCGCCGUUGACCGCCGGAGCGAUCGGUUAUGUUGGAUACGACUGUGUUAGAUACUUUGAGCCCAAGACGGCGCGGCCGAUGAAGGACGUCCUCGGAGUGCCCGAAUCAUUCUUCAUGCUUUACGAUACCAUCAUUGCAUUCGAUCACUUCUUCCAAGUCGUCAAGGUCAUCACCUACGUUCCCAUUCCCUCGGCGGACGCCGAUAUCGAGGCCUCAUACCUCAAGGGCCAGGCCAUCAUCCAGAAGACGAUCGAUACGCUACUCCAGGAUCGCACGCCGCUCCCGCCCCAGGGCCCGAUCAUUCCGAACCAGGAGUAUACAUCCAACAUCGGACGGGAUGGAUAUGAAGGCCAUGUCAACCGAUUGAAGCAGCACAUUGCCAAGGGCGACAUUUUCCAGACCGUGCCUUCACAGCGGUUAUCACGACCUACCUCUCUCCACCCAUUCAACCUCUUCCGCCACCUUCGCACCGUCAACCCUUCUCCUUAUCUCUUCUAUAUCGACUGCCAAGACUUCCAGCUUGUUGGAGCCAGUCCCGAGCUCCUAGUAAAAGAAGAGCGGGGGCGUAUUAUCAGUCACCCCAUCGCAGGCACAGUGAAGCGCGGUAAGACCCCGGAGGAGGAUGCUGCUCUCUCCGAGGAGCUCCGCAGCAGUCUUAAGGACCGCGCCGAGCACGUCAUGUUGGUCGAUCUUGCCCGCAACGACGUGAACCGGGUCUGCGACCCCACUACGACACAGGUUGACCGACUGAUGGUCGUGGAGAAGUUCUCACACGUCCAACACCUGGUCUCCCAGGUAUCCGGACAGUUGCGGCCAGGUAUGACCCGCUUCGAUGCAUUCCGGUCUAUCUUCCCUGCCGGCACAGUUUCCGGUGCACCCAAGGUGCGCGCCAUGCAACUCAUCGCUGAACUGGAGGGCGAAAAGCGUGGUGUCUACGCUGGCGCCGUCGGAUACUUUGGAUAUAACAGCGCCAACCCAGAUGGAUCGGCGGAGAUGCCAGGUGCGAUGGACACAUGCAUUGCGCUGCGCACUAUGAUGGUCAAGGACGGCGUGGCGUACCUCCAGGCUGGUGGUGGUAUUGUCUUUGACUCGGACCCCUAUGAUGAGUAUAUUGAAACGAUCAACAAGCUUGGUGCCAACAUUGCGUGCAUCAAGGGCGCUGAGGCUAAAUACCUAAGUAUGGAGAAGCAAUGA